CUCGUCCCAAUCCGGUAAUGAGGGGCACAACUAUUCUCGUAUGCUAGAUUUACCCCUCCAAGCCGUCACAAGCUCCCAGAGCAUCAUCAUCAUACCACCUGGUUCGUACAGCCGUCAACAACACCGCCAGCCAACAUGUUCAAGAAGGAGAUACAAGCGGCCCCCAAGUCGAAACUAAAGUCGUCAGUACAGCGGUCUCUUCGCCAGUCGCUUCUAACCACGUUCCCGCUGCUGCACCGCUACAUCGAUGAGAUCCUCCCCAAGAAAGGGUCGCUGUCGGCUAUGAAGCUGCCCGACCGAUGUACCUUAUAUGUCCUUGACGGCGAGCCAUUGUUCUUCCAACAGGACACAGCUACGCUACUCCCCCACCUCAAGCUCGUCCACCGCUUCCCUGCCGCCUUCCCUAGCAUACGCAUCGACCGUGGUGCGAUCCGCUUCGUGCUCUCAGGGGCAACACUUAUGGCACCCGGCCUGACAUCCGCCGGUGGAAGGUUACCUAGUGGUAUUGUCACUGUGCGCGCAGAGGACGGCGCAGGAGAGCAGCUGGACGAGGAUGAUAGGUGGACGAGGGAGCUGGUAAAGGGCGAGCCCGUCGUUGUAAGGGCCGAAGGGAAAACGGAGGCAUGUGCUGUGGGGUUCCUGGUCAUGGGUACCAAAGAGGUCAAAGACAAGGGGAAAGGACCUGUCAUCGAGGACGCACAUUACCUUGGCGACGGUUUAUGGAAACUGGCUACCGAUUCAUGAUUCAAGGAGGCGAAAAGGUCUCUAUCUGCUCACUAUGUACCUACAGUCUGUCCGGUGCAUGCGAGCCAUGGGCAGGACGAUCGAGGAGAGUCCGCGAGACAUUGCAUUCGUACGAAACUUCAAGGCGGGUAUAGGCCGACGAGAGUGCCGACGGAUUGGAUCAACGGCUACGUCACCCUCUCGCGAGCAAUAGCGUAAUGCGAAGUGGAUGUGGAAGGGCACAUCUAGUGGGCACAAACAUAACAAGAUGCCACUACGCACAUGUCACGAUGUCCAUAGUCAUAUUUCAUGGGAGAACCACAUAUUAUCCACUAGUGAGCGAGUGUAUCUAAUGACCACCUUGUAAAUCUAAUUCCAUCCUGGGUUCAAC